GACGAGAAUUUAUAACACCAGUGUACGGAACCGAACAGGCGGAUACGAGGCUGUGUCGCCGGUCGUUGUUAUCGCCGUGUUGCUCGAUAACGUAAUGCGAUGUGAGGAACCCAGCGACGCCUGGACAACAACGUCAAACCGGUGAAACCGACAGUGGACUUGCCAGCCGCAAAGACUUGACUGACUUCAGAUAAAAAAAACAAAAAAACACAACCCUGCGAUGUUUGUGCAUUUCCCAGUGUCCUGAGAACUGCACACUUCAACCGAAAGCAAUAGCACUUCAUUGAGCUACCACCGGGAGUUCCAGAUAUAUAGGCUUCGAACUCCAGCUCAGCAAACAGACAUCAUGUCUUCCAGGGAGCGUCGGUCAGAUGUCUACAUUAAGGCCGAACCCAGCAGUCCAGAGGGAGGUGGGGGAGGUCGGACCAGCCCCGGUGGGGCCUCCUCAGACUCCUCUCAGAGUGGAGGUGGAGGAACCAGAGGAGAUGGCACUAAGCGUUACUCCCCGCCACUGUACACACCAGCUCUGCGUUGCCACUUCAAAGAUGAGGGUGGUGAUGGGGCAGAGGAGGGCUCCACUGGAAACGGAGCCGGGCGAUGCAAGUACGCCCUGAGCACACUUCCCAAGAGGCUGUGUUUAGUAUGCGGGGACGUGGCCUCAGGUUACCAUUACGGCGUGGCAUCAUGUGAGGCCUGCAAAGCAUUCUUCAAGAGAACCAUCCAAGGCAACAUUGAAUACAGCUGUCCAGCAUCGAAUGAGUGUGAGAUUACCAAGAGGCGCAGAAAGGCUUGUCAGGCAUGCCGCUUCACAAAGUGCCUCAAAGUAGGCAUGCUGAAAGAGGGAGUUCGUCUUGACAGGGUCAGAGGUGGAAGGCAGAAGUACAAAAGGCGGCCAGAAGUGGAGAAUGCAACAUACCAGAGUGCCCCUCUACCACUGACAAAGGAGAGUGAAAAAGGUUCCUCCAACAUCAUUGUGUCCCACCUUCUCGUGGCAGAGCCAGAAAAGUUAUUUGCCAUGCCUGACCCUCUGCAGCCCGACACAGCCCAGCGCACGCUCACCACCCUUUGUGACCUUGCUGACCGCGAACUGGUCGUCAUCAUUGGUUGGGCCAAACACAUUCCUGGCUUCCUGUCACUGUCCCUAGCAGACCAGAUGUCCGUGCUGCAGUCAGUGUGGCUGGAGGUGCUGGUGCUGGGUGUAGCGUACCGCUCGCUCGGCUGCGAGGACGAGGUGGUGUUCGCAGAGGAUUUUGUCCUUGAUGAGGAAAUGUCACGUGUUGCUGGACUGACAGAGCUAAAUGCAGCAAUUAGUCAACUUGCUCGCCGUUUCCGUGCACUAAAUGUGGACCGGGAGGAAUUUGUCAUGCUAAAAGCCAUCGCACUCACUAACUCAGACUCUGUUUACAUCGAGGACAUGGAGGCUGUGCAGAAGCUGCGGGACCUCCUCCACCAGGCCCUGCUGGAGCUGGAAUGUCAGCGGCGCCCAGACGACCCCCAGCGGGCAGGCCGUCUUCUUUUAACUUUGCCUCUCCUCCGACAAACUGCUGGUCGUGCUCUGACCACCUUCUACAGCAUCAAGACCCGUGGUGGUGUACCCAUGCACAAACUAUUCCUGGAGAUGCUGGAAGCCAUGAUGGACUCUCCCUAGAGCAGAAAGCAGCAGAAGUAAAGAAGAUGCAGAGAAAGAUCCAACACAGACCUAGUCUUUAUGAGUGGAUGAGGGGUUUGUGAGAAGUGAAAGAUUUUAUUAGAGAAUUAAUAAUGAGGAAAAUGUUCCUUUCUCCAUAGGCUACAUGAAGAAAGGAAAAGAAUAUGAGAAAAGAAAAACCUUGUAUUCAUGUCCCUACGUGGGAAUAGGUUAUUUACAGUAAGAUGUAACUGCCAAACUUCAGUAAAAGGCUCCGAGAGUGAAAACAUGUGACAUGAAUGCCAGAAAAUAUCUCAGUUUCAACUGUUUUCAUGGCGUGUUCCAUCACAGCAUCGAUCUGCAGUUGCAUAUCCACUGAAGAACAACAUUUAGGUACCCGAGAACAGACUGCAAUCAUGUGGCUUUUGAACUUUUUAAAAAUAAUGCAACAUCUGCUCAUAAAAGCCAUAAUAACAUAUCCAGUGAAAGGCUUGAGGGUCCAGUAUAUGGUCAGAUUGACAUGCACAUGCAGAGCUUGUAUUUACUAUAGUUUAGUGUGCCGUUGUAGGCAAAUUCAUAGGAAUUACUUGCAAUAUGUUAAAAGCAAUAUAACGACUCGAUUAUUGUCUGUCACAUUUAAAAUGUGGAUAAAAUGGUGAGACAUUAGCUGUGUGCGUGUAUAUCAGUAGUUCUCUGCUCUCAGGACCCCUAGUGUUGCUUUUUUUAAUGCUAACUUCUAGCAGAGACUGGUUUAAAGUCUGGUAAGAGAGAAAACUACCAGCACUUCUGGGGUCAAAUGCUGGAGUUGGGAACCACUGGUGUACAUAGUAGGUGCAGGAUUCUUUAUAAAAGGCUGUGCAAUCGAUUUGUAGUCCAGGAGACAUGCAUAUGAGGAUUGUGUGCUCGUAAAAUGCUCUACUUGGAAGGUAAUAUAUUCAGUGUUGUAUGUAAAUCCUAUUGGCACACAAAAAACUGGCUUCCAUACAAGCAGGCGUGUGCGUUCCGUGUGCAGUCUAAACCAAUGAGCUACACUGAGAUCAGGGAAGAACACAACUCUUUGACAUUAAAGCCUGUGUGGCAACAACAGUGGUUGGAAAAGAAUUGCAUAUGCCUCAUCUGCUUUUUUAUACUGUCCUCCUCCACUAGAUCUAACCACUAUUUUUGACUCCAGCAGCUGUGCUGUCCAGAAAUAAUGGUCUGACCUGUUUGAUUUGUGGUCUAACACUAACCCAUGUAAUUGAUAGGUGUAUGAUGAGAUUUUGCUGCAUUUUCUGCAGUAGUGAAGAGCGUUGCAUAAAAGAUCUCAGUUGUUUCAAUGUGAGAUCCCUCCUUUGUGUACGUACAUCUGUUGAACUUUAACUUGUAAGGGGCCGUAUUGGGCUCAGGACAAGAAGAAAUGGAACAUAUGCAACAUCUUCCUUUUGGAUGUUGAGACUUUAUGUGACAGCAUCCUGAAAGUCCUACUCAUUGUUCAGCAGGUUUGUAUACUUACAAUAGAAAUUCUCAUUGUAGGAAGCUUCACAUGCAAUGCAAGGCUACAGCGUCUGAUGUCAAAAUCAGAUCCGUAAAUAUAAUAUUUAGUGGCCAAAGGGCCGUUCAUCUUUUAGCCAUGUACAGUUCCAUUUAAAUAAACAUGCAAUUUAUAGUGAAAGAUAAUAAAGCCAGCAAAUGUGAUACAAAUUCCCCAUUACGAUUAUAUUUGUGCAGCUUACAGUGUUCAGAAGUUUGUAAAGACUUGAAACUUGCUUUUUCAUACAUUUUCCUUUCUAGGAUUUAAGGGUAUUUUAUUUACAAUGUGACACUGUUGUGGGUUUGGUAUUGAAAUGAAGCUUUCCAUUCAGGAUAUUAUGAAUACUAAUUUUUUUUUUUUUUUUUUUUUAAUGUAAGCAGUGGUGUGUUUUCUGAAGCUAAUUGUCAUUUUAGGGAUCAAUAUACAUGGCUCUAUAGAUUUAGCAGCAUGGUGAGGCUACAGAGGGCUACCUCAGGAGGCAGAGUAAGCCAGAUGGCCAAAUAACUGUGGAGAUAAAUGUAAUUGUUGAUCUUUUGAUUUGUCAAGUUGAAUAUUGGGUUUAUUGAAUGUCUUGCAGUUGCGCAAACACCUGAGAUCAUUUUUUUCCUUUGUUUUCAUAACUUUAAGGUGUAAAUGGCUCAUUAAUCAUAAGAUGCCCCAUGGUACAAAGUAUCUCUCACUGGGGGGGUAAGCCUACACUUCGUAUGGUUUCACAGGAAUAAUGUUGCAGCUUGGAAACGCGGGAGGUCAUUUAUGGAGGUUCAAAAUGAAAACAGUUCAACUUGAGACCCCCAGGUGUUAUAUUAGCAGCAGUGUGGAGCAGGGACUGAUAUCUCUGACUACCGAUUCACCUGUUUGGUGAUUCAUAGGUUACGACUUGCAUAUUCUUGUCAUCUAAAAACGUUUUUUGGUCUCUGAUUUGUUUACUAAUGUCAUUUGUCAAAUAGUAAACAGAAUUCUGAAGCAGACAAAUAUCUUGAAACCUGGGUGGAGUUAGAGCUGUUCAAGUUUCUUCACAGUAACUUGGUCAUUUACACAAAGGUAGAGUUUUCGUUAGCAUACAACUAUGUUUAUUUUAGGUACGUCAGGUUAAGGUGAAGGAAAGGUCAUUUACAGUGUCACUGUUAAAAUUAUACAGUCAUUUGUAGUUUUAUUAAAUAUGUGCGCAUUAAUAUAAAUGAGCAAUACAAUAAAUUACCAAACCUCACAUUUCCUUGUAUAGCCACAGUGUACAUUUAACAUUGCCAGUUAUAAUGAAGAAUAGCAACUAAACGUUAUAUUAUUUAGAAGUUCAAAUCAAUGUUUGUAUUUUGAAAGACUAUUUAAAUGAUUAAAUUCUAUUUUUUACUCAAUUUACCGUUGUUUGUUGACACUGCUUUAUUUUUGUGUGUGAUAUUGGCUGUGAAUUUCUGUGUGUAGGCUUUUUUUUUUCUUGUUUGUUUCAUUUAGAUAAAACAGUUUGAUGUCCUUGUCUAAACAUGUCCACAUAAAAAUCACUGUGAAAAAAGUGAGAUCUUCCACUGUCUGACGCAGCAGGGAGUGGAUAAUUGU